CUCCUGCCAUUAAGAGACCUGGACCGAUUGGGUGGUGAGAGCUGCUUCCUUCUCAGUGGAUGGUGGCAAAAGGCAGGACUCUGGGAAGGGGCUGGGGGGCUCCAGGAUUUCCAGGCUGCAGGAUGCUCUUCUGCCAGCUCACAGGGCCACAUCCUGACAGAGCCUGCCUGGCCAUGGGGCUGCUGACAGGGUGCUGACAGCAAGGGUGCAGGGAGGAUGUGAGUCAGUUCCCGGGGGGUUUGGUGCUUCCCAGGGGGUUUCGGUACCGACAUGACACCAAGGGACACGGGACUCAUCCCGAGACUGGGUGUGAGGAUACAAAACCUGGUGGCGCACAUGAGAACCCGGCAAGUCCUGGCACGAGCAGCCAUCAGAGCCACCUGCUUUGUUGUCAUCCUGGGGUGAUGCCAUGGGCCAUGGUGAUGCCAUGGACUGCCAUGGGGAAUGUCAGCCCUCCUGGGGCUACUUUGGAUCCCCAGUGGGGCUGUUCUGGGUGACACUGGGGCUGCUGCAGGGGUUCACAGCCAUCCCCUCUUGCCGUGGCUGGUAGUGCUCACCUGCCUGACCCAGCCACCGACCAUUUCCGUCUCUUCCCUCUAAUUACACCAUCUGAAUCACUCAAUUAAGGCCAGCACCCUUCACCUCCUGCCUGGCCACCGUGCCCACUCUGUGAUCCAGAUGCCACCCCAGAUGGCAGCCCCCUAAGUCCCACACCCCCAUCCAGUCCCACAGGGAUGCCCCAGCAUUUCCAAGUCUCCCUGUCUUUCCUUUGCUGUGUCAGCACAGGGAUGGCUGGGCUGGCCCCACCCUGUCGCCCUGUGGGAUUUUUGGUUUCCCAAUGUGGGAAGGAGCACAAAGUUAUGCCAAAACCCCCACGGGGGUGUCCGACUCAUCCUGCUUUGCCGGCACCUCCGCUGGGAUAAAGCCGCCCAUCCUGCUGCCGGGAGGGCAGAGGUGCUGCGCAUUCAGCAGGGCAAGGACGGAUCCGGGCUCAGAGCCUUCAACUGCCAACCAGGUGGGACUGGGAUGUACUAGGAUGAGUUGGGAUGAGGAGUCGCUCCUCACCCCAGCAGUGGGGGCUGUGGUGAAGUUUAAGGAUGUGGAACAGCCUGGGGUGGCUGGAAUGCUGGCCGUGGUGGAUGGGGCUGGAGGGCAGUGAAGACAUCCUGCUGGGGGAGUGGAGCUGGGUGAUCCCUGGAGCUGGAAGAGGCAGACUCACACCGGUGGGACAGGAUUUAUCUUCUUCUGGGACUGCUGAGCUGGCAGACUGCCCACACCAGCUCCGCAGCCUGCUCUGGGCAAUGCCCACCAUGACACACUGUCACACACCAGGGCUUUGGAAGGAUCUACAUGUUUUUUCCUCUACCCCAAAUCCAAAAUAGCGUUCCGAGUUCAUCUCCCAUCCCUGCAUCCUUGUGACCCAGCAUCAAUCCUGGAAGAAUGGGGACUGUGACACUGGAAUUGUCCCUGCUGGCUGUGGCUCUCCUGUGCCCAGCCACUGCCAUGCUCCGCAUCGGUGCCUUCAACAUCCAGGCCUUCGGUGACACCAAGAUGUCCAACAAGGAAGUGGCAGAGAUCAUCAUCAACGUCCUGCGUCGCUACGAUGUGGUGCUGGUGCAGGAGGUGCGUGACUCCGACCUCAGCGCCGUCACCGAGCUCAUGGAGCAGCUCAACAGUGAAUCCACAUCCACAUACGACUACGAGAUCAGCGGCCCCCUGGGACGGGAGAACUACAAGGAGAUGUACCUGUUUAUCUACAGGACAGAUGUUGUGUCUGUGGUGGACACCUACCAAUAUAAGGACCCCCAGGAUGUCUUCAGCCGGGAGCCAUUUAUCCUGAGGGUCUCAGCACCCAGCACCAAGGUGAAGGAGUUUGUGCUGGUGCCCCUGCACUCGGCCCCACAUGAUGCUGUCGCCGAGAUUGAUGCGCUCUAUGAUGUCUACCUGGCCAUCAUCAACAAGUGGGGGACUGAUAACAUGAUGUUCCUGGGGGACUUCAAUGCUGACUGUUCCUACGUCCAGCCGAGCGACUGGUCAUCCAUCCGCCUGCGCACCAGCGACAUCUUCAAGUGGCUGAUCCCCGACAGCGCCGACACCACCGUGGGCAAGUCAGACUGUGCCUAUGACAGGAUCGUGGUGUGUGGCAACAAGCUGAAGAGAAGCAUCGUGUCCAACUCAGCUGGUAUCUUCAAUUUUCAGCGUGCUUUCCAGUUGGACCAGGAGGAGGCCCUGGCAGUCAGUGACCACUACCCUGUCGAGGUGAAGCUGGCGGCCUGAGCUCCUCCUGCAGCCACAGAGCAGGAUCCAGCUCCAGCUCCCACCACCAAUCCCCAUGAAGGUGUUCCACUCAGCCCCAUCCACAAGUCCUGUGCAUGGGCUGCCCUAGAUCCUGGUCUGGAGAAAGAUGGAAGCUGGCU